UGGGUUCAGUUGGGUUAGGUUCAGCGAUCACCGUCGGUCGGCAGUGUCGGCACAUGAAGCUAGCCUGUAACUUCAUAUUUAAUAACUCGUUAAAUUACUAUCAGAGAGAAUUUUUCUGUUACUAUUAUGGUGUGGCUGCUAAAUUUUAUUGAUUACAUCAAUGCUAUUAAAUUCGUGAAAUAUUGCAUGUAAUUAAUGAAUAAAUCCUACGCAUACGCUCUAUGAAGAAACGCUGAAUGUCUACGGAGAACGUCUACGAAGAAAUAAGGCUUUACUUUAUUUUUUAAGUUACGUAGAAGUCAAAAUGUUUAAACGAACAGAAAUCAAGAGGGACAAUGAACAUUCUGUACCUGCCAAGCGACCAAAAUAUGAGGCAAGUAAUAAAAAUUUGGCAGGCACUUCGAAGGAUAAUGAAGCAACAAGUGGAAUAUUCGAUGACAUUUGGGGUGAUGAUUUCGCAGAUGAAGAAAUUGAAGAAAUAGAUUUUGUGGCUACUCAGGCUUGUUUGCAGGAUCCAAACAUCUUUUCUCAAUCAAGUACAAAUAAGCCAACAUAUAACAUGCCAUCGACUAGUAAACAUGUUCAGAAUUCAAAUGCAAAUACAUAUAAAACAAAACCUUUCGUACAAAUGUCACAGUACAAUAGUCAAAAUAAAGAAGAAGAUAAUUUGAAUGAUUUAAGUACAAUAGUCUCUGUCGAUUACAAUGAAUUUGAAAAUAAGCUAAUGCACAAAAAAGUAUAUAAUUCAACGUUUCAGCAGGAUGAGAAUACUAUUUCAGAGUUGAAGAAUGUAGUCGAAGAACUGAAGAAGUUAAAAGCAGAUCAUAAGAAAUUAUUGGAUAACUUUAUAACUAAAGAAGGAGAAAACGUAUUCUUAAGAAAUCAGCUGCAGCAGAGUCAAUUAAGAGCAGAGAAUGAUAAAUUAGAUAAAGCACGAUCAAUUGAAGAACAGGAAAAGCGACAUAGGUUGGCAAUUGUUACACUUUGCAAAGAAAAGGAACAAGUGAAAACUCAACUUAAAUUGAAAACAUUUGAAGCAGAAAGUCUACUAGAACGUUGUAAAUUACUUGAAAAUGGACAUGUUAAAUUAAGAGAGCCUCAUACUGCAAGUUUAAGUGCUUCCCUGAAUAAAAGCAGGGUUAAUCCAUCAGUAAGUCGAUCUCCGAUUCCAAGCAGAAAAACAAUCAAAGUUAGAGAAAGUUGUGUUCAAACUAAUAUGCUUGACGAAAGCGUUUAUAUGCUUGAUGUAUCGAAUCAAUAUUUCCCUCUUGCAGAAAUUCCUAAGUCGAUAUAUGAUAUGCCACAACCCGAAAAAUCUGUAAUCGAUAUAAAAAUUACAGAAAGAAUCGGACCACAGAAGUUGCCUAUUUUACAGGAACAAAAUAAGUUCAGAAUAUUCGAGAAACCAGAAUUGAUAAAACCUGUAGCGACCAUGAUAGACGAUAAAAAAUUAACUGUAGAGUUCGUUUUGGCAGAAGUGGCUGCUCUUCAGCAAAAGACGAGUUUAGAAAUUGAGGCGGAACACACAGUGCCAAUGAUAAACAAACUAAUUUCUACCUCGAGAGAAUUGCUUUUGAACAUAUUAAUUGUGCUUCAAACGAUCUCCCAAGCAAUGGGAAAUGACGAUAUUCGUGAUGUGAACGAUAUUUAUUUCUCUGACUUAUAUGCAACUUCGGAUUACAACGGGAAAUGCGUUUGCUCCCCGAACGCGUGGCACGAACACGAACGCGCCGUCGAAGCCAGAAGGAUAUUCGGGCUGUUGUCAUACGUAGCCUCAGAAUCAACUUACCUCAGCAAAUACGUUGCAGGUAAAAUUCGUUUACGUAUAGAGAGUGACGAGUCCUAUAAGUCAUACUCGCCUCAAAUGAUUCGCUAUAAUUCGUGGGAAGGAAAAGAUAGCGAGUUAGAGAUGCUUACCAUGAUAUUACAUUUCAUCACGUUGGUUGGAUCUACGAGAAGGUCAUAUCAAUUCAGUGGUCUUAUAUGUGCAAUUCUAAUGCUUAUUUGUAAUGUUAGUAAAAAAGUUGAAUAUUGUUCUCAAGGGAUCGAGCUUAUCUAUAGAAUAUUUAAGGAAACAGUAUUCUGUAGACCUUUACCAUAUUGUUACAGUUUCCUCAGCAGUAUUAUGAUGAUUUUUGUGAGGUCUACGACGUACCUACGGAAACUUUGUACGAAUUCACAAUCGAUAGCAGUGGACAAUUGGAAAGAUUCUCUACAUUUCACUCCAGACGCUUGUGCCUUGCAAAUCUUUUUGGUACAGGUGGAAAUCUAUAACUUUGACCCAAUAUUAGCAAUAGAUAUCACGGACGUGCUGUUGCGAUUCGCGCAGUUUAUGUUGCAAACGGACGUGAUUCCAUUGAGAUCUGAAUCAUUCUGCAACUGCUGCAUGAAACUAUUGAGAUGCACUAUAAACUUGCUGUGCGAUUGUUCCAGAGUAGACUUGGCUAGCAUUAAAGAAUUCAAUAUAGACAAUUGUCCUGUGCCAAGGGACUAUCCUUGCGUUCUGAAGAGCGUCUGUACCAAACACAAUCUGCUUCAUACGCAAACAAACAGCAGGUGCAUACUUGACAUAUAUCAGGAUAAGUUUUCGGAUGUGAACGUUCGGACCAAUAUUACGAGGAGGCAAGGAAGGGUACUGAGGGAUGGAAUAAAGUUCCUGUCUCAUUUAGCGAUCUGUGAUCCCGAUUUUGUGAUUCGAUUUUCGGACAUCGAGGAUUCGUUCCACAUGUUCAUGAUGAACUUAAAUGCCUUCGAGAAUUUUCAUCUUCACGAAAACGAACAAGAAGCUAUGAAUCGGAUAAAACAAACAUUUAUUUUUGACAAAACAUUACAAUCUCAAACGGAUCAACAUGAAGGAGACAGAUACAUGAGGAAAUUUUCUGUAAUGUCACAUUUCGAGAAAGCGUCAUUUCCAUCAUCGACGGUGUCCAAAAGAAGCAAAGAUCUUAAUAAAAUUCUUCUCAUGUUCAGGUCACUCUUGAACGAACGCUAAUCUUCGACAAAUAUCGAAGAUGAUGUAUUAGAAUUGCGCCAUAUAAGUACAUAAAAAACAAUCAUAUAAAUUAUUAAGAAGUAUUUGAUUUUUGUCAUAAAAUGUAUUAAUUAAGUUGCGAAUAAUGUACCAUAAUUUUAU